UUGUAACGGAAGCGGCACUGCGGCGCUCACGGCUCGGCUCUCUGACCGACACUUGAAUGAAAACGCACUGAUUUCGAUUUAAAAAAAUGAUGAAGUUUCUACCUAAACUGCUGCUGCUACUGCUGUUAGCCUUCCCGGCGACUAUCCUUAUCAAAGGCCCAGAGGUGAGCGCCCAGGAUCUGACUGAGGAUGAGGAGGCUGAGGCUGUGGAUGAAGAUGUCGUGGAUGAUGUGACGGCAGAGGACGAGGACGACGAGGCGGAAGUAGAAGAUGACGAGAAUGCGGAGCUGACGGAAGAAAAAGAUGAAGAAGAAGAAGCUUUGGUUGGAGAGGUGAAGGCUUCCCCCAACGCUGACACCACCAUCCUGUUUGUCAAAGGAGAAGACUUCCCUGCAAACAACAUCGUCAAGUUCCUGCUCGGCUUCACCAACAAGGGAUCCGAGAACUUCGUUGUGGAGUCUCUGGACGCCUCUUUCCGUUACCCACAGGAUUACCAGUUCUACAUCCAGAACUUCACUGCUCUCCAGCUCGGCAUUGUGGUUCCUGCCGGCAGACAGGCCACCUUUGAGUACUCCUUCAUCCCAGCAGAGCCAAUGGGAGGGCGGCCGUUCGGACUCGUCAUCAACCUCAACUAUAAGGACGGCAAUGGAAACAUUUUCCAGGAUGCCGUGUUCAACCAGACAGUCACCAUCACUGAGAGAGAGGAUGGACUCGAUGGAGAGACGAUCUUCUUGUACGUCUUCCUGUCAGGCCUCGGGCUGCUGGGUGUGGGCCUUCACCAGCUGAUUGAGUCCAGAAAGAGGAGGCGUCCAGCUCCAAAGGUGGAAAUGGGAACUUCGAGCCACAACGACGUCGACCUGAGCUGGAUCCCCCAGGAAACGCUCAACCAGAUCAUGCAGAGUCGCAGAGACAAAGCGUCUCCCAGAAGAUCUCCUCGCAAAAGGAAUCAGAAGCGCUCGGUCGGCUCAGAUGAGUGACAGGCGCCUAACUUCACCUGCCCGUCUACACGGGAGGAGGAGGAGGAGGAGGUGGUGGUGGUGAAGGAGCGCUCUCUGCCCUCUCUGACGAACUUUAACCAGUGCCAAGCACAGCGUUGGCUGGCUCUACUUUCAGCUUAAAAACUGUUGAACACACACUCACACACACACACGGCCUGUUUAGUUUAACGAUUACAGUUUUCUGACGCCGUCACAGGGGAGAAGUGAAAACAGGCGUGUUGGGAUUAAAAGGCACGUACGGACGUUUUUCUCUAAAGGUUGUUGGUUUUCUUUAUGAUUAUAUUUGUUUGUUAAAGCCUUAGUGAGAUAACUGCUGAUCAUUGUGAGACAGUUUGAUGGUAUUUCUUUUUUUUUACCUCUCACUCUGGUGUAGGGCUGAAACCAAGAGAGGGUCGAUCAAAUAGUCGGCCGACAAAAUUCAUCAGCAACAGUUUUGUUAGUCAAAGACAGAUGGCCAUUAAUAGUUGGUUCUGACCUCUCAGAUAUGUCUCGUGACAGAGAACUGAGUUUCUUUGGCUUUAGAAAUAAUCUGAAGACUCGGGAUGGCGGGACUUGUGAUGGACAUUUUUCACUAUUUUCUACAUUUUAGAUGAAAUGAUUACAGUGUUUAGCAGCUUACUUGAUGAUGGAAAUAAUGGUUUAGGUGCAGCCCUACUCCGGUGUGUAACGGAGCCACGAUAACGGCAACAAGUACAGUUUUUGUUUUGUUUUUCAGUGUAGUUUUCUCAUUUUGUUUAUACUG